AUGGCCAAUGUCACCUUGGUGACAGGAUUUCUUCUUACGGGGUUUUCUAAUGUCCAGAAGCUGCAGAUUUUAUACGGUGUGCUCUUCCUACUGAUUUACCUGGCAGCCCUAAUGAGUAACCUUCUCAUCAUUACUCUCACUACCCUACACGUAAAGCUCCAAACACCCAUGUACUUCUUCCUGAAGAACUUAUCCUUUUUGGAUGUCUUCCUGGUAUCUGUUCCAAUCCCAAAAUUCAUUGUCAACAACCUAACCCACAACAAUUCCAUUUCCGUUCUAGGAUGUGCCUUCCAGCUACUUUUAAUGACUUCCUUCUCAGCAGGUGAGAUAUUUCUCCUUACUGCCAUGUCCUAUGACCGCUAUGUAGCCAUCUGCUGUCCCCUGCACUACGAGGUAGUCAUGAAUACUGGCAUCUGUGUGUUAAUGGCAAGUGUUUCCUGGGCCAUUGGAGGGCUCUUUGGUACUGUGUACACAGCUGGCACAUUUUCCAUGCCUUUCUGUGGCUCCAGUGUGAUCCCACAGUUUUUCUGUGAUGUUCCUUCAUUACUAAGGAUUUCCUGUUCUGAAACACUCAUGGUAAUUUAUGCAGGUUUUGGAGUUGGUGCGUGUUUGAGCAUUUCUUGUUUCAUCUGUAUUGUGAUCUCUUACAUUUAUAUCUUCUCCACUGUACUGAAGAUCCCUACAACUAAAGGUCAGUCAAAAGCUUUUUCCACAUGCCUCCCCCAUCUCAUUGUUUUCACUGUUUUUAUCAUAACUGCUUAUUUUGUUUAUCUUAAGCCACCUUCGAAUUCACCAUCUGUUAUUGACAGGCUAUUCUCUGUGAUCUACACUGUGAUGCCUCCAGUAUUUAACCCUGUAAUCUACAGCCUGAGGAACGAUGACAUGAAACGUGCUCUGAUAAGGUUGUUGCAAAACACAUAUGGCCAGGAGGCUUACUUCUUUUAA